AUUACAUCAAUAAGUAACAAAAUAAACUACUUUUAAAUUGAAACGUUUGUCCGACAAUUAGGGCCUGGGUAAUGAUAAAGAUCGAACUUUAGAUUGUUUGUAGUUAUUAUAUUUAUAUAGAUAUACGUACACCGAUCUCCAGAUAUAUACAUAUAUUUAUCUCAAUCAAAAACUACUGAACAAUUAAUUAUAAUCUGUUAGGUAGGCAAUUGCAUAUGAUUAUAUUGAAAUUAAAAUGCUGCGCGGUCUAUUAAUUUUCGGAAUACUAGUCCAAGGGACAUAUUGUGCGGUCAUAUCGAGUUGUCCUGCGUAUGGAUGCAGACCUUCAGGAACAUUUUCUUAUUUGAUCGACAUUCAAUCAAAGGAGCCUACAGUUUUCUGGAACACAACAUACGGUGCCAUACCAGACAGCUUAGGAUGUGUUGGAAACAUCAAUAAUAUUGUAUGUCCCUACAAAGGACCAACAUCAAAUGGUUAUGUGGGUAUUGGUAGCGAUAAAGGUAAUCAGAUGUGGUACGAUAGAGUUCUUCAUGAUCCUUCCCUUCCGGUGAUGGAUAUAGAAGGCGGUAUCAUUGGAACUGAUGGACAUUACAUGGUGAAGUAUGAAGCGGAUGGAACACAAAUAAAACCAUCUAAACCAGUCGAUCCUAGUCUGUUUCCAUUAUACAGUGUACAGCUUUCAGAUAAUGGAAUGCUGGUAUUUGCUUCGAUGAAUGGUGUCUUAUUCGCCAUGGAUACAGCUGGAAUACCACUCGCUUCUAUAUCUUUUAAUGGCAGUGUUGAGAGAUUUAAUGGAUCAUUUCUGCCAGUAUCCACCCCUAUUGUUGUUGGAACACGUGUCUAUGUGUUGACGGAAUUCCGGCCAGAAGAAGAUACUCCUGAAAGCAGAAAGCCAAACAUUCUUGGUAUGCAGCGUUUAUAUGCAGUUGAUAUUUUCCUGCGAAUGGUUGAUCGGCUACAUAUAUCAUGGUAUUUCAAUUUCGAAAGAGAAGAAAAAAUAAUAAAUAGCGAAAUAUCGAAAGAAUUAAAGACAAAUGAGAGAGACACAACACUGAGGUUUAAACCAAGGCAACAAGUUCAAGGUAACCCUCUACUAAUGGCUAACAUACAAGAGGAAGUUAUUUAUGUCAUUUUACCACCACCAGAGACUAAUGCAGAUAUGCCGCAAAUGUUCUGGGCAAUAAAUGACGAAGUUGACAACGCUUCACUUUUAUAUAAACGAACAAUAUCUGCUUCGCGCAUGGCAAUGUACGAGGUAAAUGGCUCACUGAAACAUAAAUCUAAGUCUAAUAUAAAAACCAGAAAAUCUAAAUUAUUGGACGUAAUAUCAGGCAAAUCAGUUCAAGGAGUGGUUAUUCCAAUAUGGCUUUUGUCAGAAAGCAGAAGUUUAAUUUACAAGGUUUAUCCUACAAAUGGAUCAAUCGAACUUACAGUCAAUCUAACUUCAAUGUUAGGAGGCGCAGCGAAAGUGACGUCGGACAUGAUGGUGUCUCGGAGUGACGACAAGGGCAUUGACAAUGUUAUUUUCGGAAUAACUGUUAAGACAUCUUCUAUUACUAAUUAUAUCAUGUCAUUGGACUCUACUGGUGAAAUGCAAUGGAAAGUACCUACACCAUCAAACGUCGCUGUUAUUGGGCAGAUUGCGGGGAUUUCAUCUGAAGGCACCAAUUUUGGCGAUAUGUUAGUCGCUUUUGGAAACAACAAAGAAUCUGGUUCUGUAUUUGCAAUUAAAUAAGGAAACUUAAACAAAGCCCUAUGUAAUGACGGGUAAUAAAAAUAUGUUCAUUUAUAAUUA